AUGGCACCUACGCUCCUGCCUAACCUCGCCCAGCAGUACAGGAAGCAAGCCAUCAUCCAGCCGAUGCACAUCUCUCCCUCGCUCGAGUUCAAGAUCAUCACCAUGACCAUCGUUAUCCUCGUGGUGUUCGUCAUCCUUGCUACUAUCGUUGCACUCAUCCGUAAUACCCUGCGCCAACGUCAUGAAGCUGUGGUACGGGCCGAGAUAGAGGCGCAGAUCGAAGCGAACGCCCAGUCGAAAGGUCCCCUGCGCCAGUUGAUCCUCCCGACUUUCGGUGGAACCCCUUCAGACGACAGGCAGAAGCCUCUCCUUCUUCCUCUUAUGGUCUCGGCUCGUACGCCUCGUUCGAAGGCUUCGCUUUUCACCAGAUUCCUUGGCCAUCCGUUCUCGCGCAACAAAGAGGCAUGA